AUGAAGGUACUGCGUAAACUGACAGCAUCUGCAAUGGCACUGUUCUUGGCAGUGUCCUUCAUAUCUUUCUGCUGGAGUGCACCUCAGACUCAUUUCCAAAGGAGAAACUGGACUCCUCAGGCUAUGCUCUAUUUGAAGGGUGCACAGGGACGUCGAUUCAUCUCAGAUGAGAGCCAGCGAAAGGAUCUGUAUGACAGAAUGCAUCUUGAAACACGCAGCCAAAACACAAAUCCUUUAUCUCUUUCUGAAGCUGCAGCAUUGUUCCUUAGUUCCUUACGGAAAGCACAAGAAGAAGUUGAAGAAGAAAACAGUGAUCACCCUGGCUACUUGACAAAUAAUCUAUUAAAUUGGUGA